CGUUUGCUUCAGCCCUAUUGACCCGCUUACCCCGAGACGGUGCCGCUCUUUGAUCUACCUCUCCAUCAUCGACAUCUCGGGACCCCCAUUGACUCCGUGAACGAUCAUGACAUGUAGAUCUCCACGCGUUCUACACAUCACGUCAAGAAAGGUCGUACCCACACUAAGGCUCCCAAGGCUCAUAUAAGGCGAGACUCCUUCUAGUAGUCUAGACUCACUACUUUAGCCGAUAACGCAAUCCGGCCCAGUAUCAGUCUAGGACGGUGGAUGAAGGCGCUAUGAUCAACAAACAGGAUCAAGAGCCAACGGGACACGGUCUCACGUGCUGGCUACUGGAUACACGAUCGCUAUGGCCUGGAGAGAAGAUUACAGAUUCAGAAUCAGCCAGAGAAGCACUCUCCCUCGUCACCCCCGAGGAACAAGACCUUAUAAAACGCAAAUACCACAUAGCGGACGCGCGCAUGAGCCUAGGUUCCGCCCUACUAAAACGCCUUUUCGUCCACAAAACUCUCGGUACGCCUUGGAAAGACAUCCGCUUCGGCCGAAAACGCGAUCCCAAACAUGGGAAGCCUAUCGCCUUGCGAGUACCACCGCAACAUGGCCCGGCGCCCGUGGAAUUCAACAUCAGUCACCAAGCCGGUCUUGUUGCCCUCGUAGGCUGCGCAACCAAUGAACUCGACGCAGAAGUCGGCGUGGAUAUCGUCUGCGUCAACGAGCGGAAUGACUAUCGCGUUGUGGACGAAGAGGGUUUCGAUGGAUGGGUGGAUAUGUACGCUGAGCUCUUCAGCGCGGAGGAACUCUUCGAUAUCAAGUAUAACGUUGAUCCGUUUCCUCUUCUUGACGGCACGAUGGUUACGCAUGAGAUUCUGGGCCGACACGAUCGCUGUUGUAGGCGAAAUGAGCAUCUCAACGUUACGCUGCCGAGUGGAGAACAGAGGGAGCUUGAUUCAGAUUUACUUAUUGACGCAAAACUACGACGGUUUUACACGUUUUGGUGCUUCAAGGAGGCGUAUAUCAAACUUGACGGCGAGGCAUUGCUUGCAGAGUGGAUACCGCAGUUGGAAUUCAAGCAUGUGCGUGCGCCUACGCCGGGGACGCCGGCGCGAUGUAGCACGCACGGGACUUGGGGUGAGAGAGCCAGUGAUGCGGAGAUUUGGUUUUCGAUGAAGUGGGAUGGGAAGGGGCCUGCGGGUGUGCGGGGCUUGAAGAAAGGCGAAUGUGGCAGGUUAGAAGACACGAGGGUGGAAAUUCAGGCUUUUGAGGAAGACUUCAUGAUUGGGGUUGCGGCGAGGGAGAAGAGAGAUUCGGCGGUUGAUGGGAGUAGGAAGAAGCUGCCGCACGUGUUGACGCAUUUUAGGGGGCUGCAUUUGGAGGAGGAUGUUAUGAGCGUUGCUAGGGGUGCUUGAUAUCGAUGGUCAAUAUGGUGAUACCGCGCUGACUUUCGUAUAUCAUAAUUCAUAU